CACUCUAAAACUCACUUCCUGGUUUUUAAAGUCGCUCUUGAGUGAGCGCGCGCGCAAACACGUGACGUGGGCGCAGAGAGAGGGCACUGGGCGGGAGCGCGUGCGUGUGUUUGUGCGUGAACACGCUCACCUGCAGCCCCGCGGGUUCCCUCCUUCGGCAGGGGCGGCAGCAGGCACGCGCCGCUCCCAGCGCCACCUUCCAAGAACUUCCAAAGAGUAGUUCAGUCGUCAGAAACCCGCCAGUGCGGUUGGAGGAGUCGCGCGGGGUGAAUUUACCGAGUCCUCCUCUGCUGUCUGAACUCCGGCUGCUGCAGGAGAGAACUUCUCCUCCCGUGGAAGUGUGAGGGACUCCGUUUUCUGUCCGUGGACCGACCCGCCGCCGGAGCUCCGUGAGGCGGCAGCAGGAUGUCGGACUCCGGCUCCAGCUUCCUCCACAUCGGGGACAUCGUCUCCCUGUACGCGGAGGGCUCGGUGAACGGCUUCAUCAGCACUCUGGGGUUGGUCGAUGACCGCUGUGUGGUGGAACCAGCUGCUGGAGAUUUGGACUACCCUCCCAAGAAAUUUAGAGAUUGCCUGUUUAAGGUUUGUCCCAUGAGUCGGUACUCGGCUCAAAAACAGUACUGGAAGGCGAAGCAAGCCAAACACGAGAAAGACAAGAUCGCUGAUAUGGUUCUACUUCAGAAACUUCAGCAUGCAUCCAACCUGGAGCAGAAGCAGAAUGAGACAGAAAACAAGAAAGUCCACGGCGAUGUUGUCAAAUAUGGAACCGUCAUCCAGCUUCUCCACAUGAAGAGUAAUAAAUAUCUGACGGUGAACAAACGUCUGCCGGCUCUGCUGGAGAAGAACGCCAUGCGAGUCACGCUGGAUGGCACGGGAAAUGAAGGGUCCUGGCUCUUCAUCCAGCCCUUCUGGAAGCUGCGUGCCAACGGCGACAAUGUGCUGGUAGGAGACAAGGUGAUCCUGAACCCGGUGAAUGCCGGCCAGCCACUGCAUGCCUCAAACUACGACCUGAACGAUCACAGUGGAUGCAAAGAAGUGAACUCAGUAAACUGCAACACUAGCUGGAAGAUCAACCUGUUUAUGAUGUUCAGUGACCACAGAGAAGACGUCCUCAAAGGAGGGGAUGUUGUGCGUUUGUUUCACGCUGAGCAGGAAAAGUUUCUAACGUGUGACGAGUACAAAAGCAAGCUUCAUGUUUUCCUGCGAACGACUCUGAGGCAGUCAGCCACGUCUGCAACCAGCUCCAAUGCAUUGUGGGAGAUUGAGGUUGUCCACCAUGACCCCUGUCGUGGAGGGGCGGGACACUGGAACAGUUUGUACAGAUUCAAACACCUGGCCACUGGGAACUACCUGGCUGCUGAGGAGAACCCCGGCUAUAAAGGAGACAACCCAGAACUUUCCUCCUCAAUGGAUGGCCGUCGCAUCAGCAAACGCUCCCAGGGUGAGAGGAUUAAGUACAAGCUGGUGGUGCUGUCGGAUGGAAACGACAUUGCCUCCUUAUUUGAGCUCGACCCCACCACACUGCAGAAGACUGACUCCUUUGUGCCACGAAACUCGUACGUGAGGCUCAGGCAUCUCUGCACCAACACAUGGAUCCAGAGCACCAACGUGCCCAUUGACAUUGACGAGGAGCGGCCCAUCAGACUCAUGUUGGGAACAUGUCCAACAAAAGAAGACAAGGAGGCGUUCGCCAUCGUCUCAGUUCCUGUAAUGGAGAUCAGAGAUCUGGACUUUGCCAACGAUGCCAGUGCCAUGCUGAGCACCGUGGUGGAACAACUGACUCGGGGGUUCAUCAGCCCAAAUGACCGCAGGUUCGCCAUCAAGCUGCUGGAGGAUGUCGUCUUCUUUGUUACCGAUGUCGCCAACGCCGGCCAGUCGGUUCUAGACGUGGUCAUGAAAAAGCCCAACAGAGAGAGGCAGAAGCUAAUGAGGGAGCAGAACAUCCUCAAACAGAUCUUUGGCAUUCUGAAGACUCCCAGUGCAAAGAGGGAGGGAGGUGAAGCCCCGCUGUUCCGCCUGGAGGAGCUCGGUGACCAGAAGAACUCUCACUACCAGUACAUGUUCCAGCUGUGUUACAGAGUGCUGCGACACUCACAGGAGGACUACCGCAAGAACCAGGAGCACAUAGCUAAACAGUUUGGAAUGAUGCAGGGCCAGAUUGGUUAUGACAUCCUGGCUGAGGACACAAUCACUGCCCUGCUACACAACAACCGCAAACUGCUGGAGAAACACAUCACCAAGACAGAAGUGGAGACCUUUGUCAAUCUGGUGCGCACCAACCGAGAGCCCAGGUUUUUAGAUUACCUGUCUGACCUGUGUGUGUCAAACAAUGUGGCCAUCCCCGUCACCCAAGAGCUGAUCUGUAAAUGCGUGCUAGACCCCAAAAACCAGGACAUCCUCAUCAAAACAGAGCGUCGUGUGCCAAAAGAGCCUCCCUCUGGUGGUGCUCCAGGAGAGUACAUGGGAAUGGAUGACUUUGGAGAGGAGGAUGAGGUGUGGCUGCUUUGGACAGAUAAGAUAAAGGAGAAACAUGAAAAAAGUAUCAGACAGCUGGCUCAGGAAGCAAGACAAGGAAACACUCAUGAUGAGAAUGUCCUCACCUACUACAGGUACCAGCUGAAGUUGUUUGCCCGCAUGUGUCUGGACCGUCAGUAUCUGGCCAUAGAUGAGAUUUCCAAGCAGCUGGACGUGGAGCUCAUCUUCCUGUGCAUGAUGGAUGAGAUGCUGCCCUUUGACCUGCGGGCAUCCUUCUGCCGCCUCAUGCUCCAUGCCCACGUAGACCGAGACCCUCAGGAGCUGGUGACCCCUGUCAAGUUCGCUCGACUCUGGACUGAGAUCCCCACUUCCAUCAGCAUUAAAGAUUACGACUCCAACAUGGACGACAGCAGAGACAACAAGAAGAACCGGUUUGCCAACACCAUGGUGUUCAUGGAGGAGUAUCUCAAUAAUGUCCUGAAUGAUGAGAUGCCUUUCCACAAUGUGGAGAAAAACAAACUCACUUAUGAGGUGGUUAGUUUGGCCAGACACCUGAUCUACUUUGGUUUUUACAGUUUCUUUGAGCUGCUCAGACUCACUAGGACUCUUCUGGGCAUUAUUGACUCCAGACCCAAUCCUGGUCAUCCAGGCCCCAUUUUCCAAGAUGAUGGACCUGGAAAAAACAUGAAACGGUCCAUACAUGGGGUGGGUCAGAUGAUGUCCACCAUGGUGCUCCACAGGAGGCAGUCUGUGUUUGGAGGUGGAGGUGCCAGAGCAGCGGGAGGAGGCGCAGGGGUUGCGCCUGACGCCCAGAGAGGCAACAAAGAUAGUUUGGAGAAGAUGGACCUGACAGUGAUGGAUACUAAAUCCAAAAUAUUGGAGAUUUUACAGUUCAUCCUGAAUGUUCGCCUGGACUACCGCCUUUCCUUCCUGCUGUCUGUCUUUAAGAAGGAGUUUGUGGAUGUUUACCCGAUGGCAGACGCCGAUGCCACAACUAACAUGGAGCAAGCAGACGCUCCAGUCCAGGUGGACUUACCAGCCACCAUCAACCUGCAGCGCAUUGGAGAGCAGGCAGAGGCCAUGUUUGGAAUCGGAAAGGGGAACAGCAUCCUGGAGGUGGACGACGAAGGCGGGCGGAUGUUCCUGCGGGUGCUGAUCCACCUGACAAUGCACGAAUACGCUCCUCUGGUGUCCGGGGCGCUGCAGCUGCUCUUCAGGCACUUCAGCCAGAGACAGGAAGUGCUGCACACCUUCAAACAGGUCCAGCUGCUGAUUUCAGCUCAGGAUGUGGAGAACUACAAGUUAAUCAAGGCAAACCUGGAUCGGCUCAGGACACUGGUGGAGAAGUCUGAACUGUGGGUGGAGAAGAAGAGCUCAGCUGGAGGAGAUGGGAAGAAGGACAAGAAAGACAAGAAGGAGAUUUCAGAGGAGGUGUCUGAUAAACCAACACCCACAAAGGAGAAGCUGGAGAAGGGCAAUGAGAACUACCAGAUGGUCAAAGAGAUCCUGGAGCGGCUGCAUAGAAUGUGCAGCAGUGGUGUUUGGAAGAAACAGCAGAGGCUGUUGAAGAACAUGGGAGCUCAUAAAGUCAUGCUGGACCUGCUGCAGGUCUCCUAUGACAAAAACGAUGUGAAGAUGCAGGAGAUCAUCAAAUACACUCACCUAUUCCUGCAGAAGUUCUGCAUGGGGAACCAGGAGAACCAGGCUCUACUGCACAAGAACUUGAACCUUUUCCUCAAUCCUGGGCUGCUGGAGGCAGAGACGGUGCAGCACAUCUUCAGCAAUAACUACCAGCUGUGCAGCGAGAUAUCGGAGAGCGUCCUGCAGCACUUCAUCCACUGCCUGGCCACGCAUGGCCGCCACGUCCAGUACCUCAACUUCCUCCACACGAUUAUUAAGGCAGAGGGCAAAUAUGUGAAGAAGUGCCAGGACAUGAUCAUGACAGAGCUAACCAACGCCGGUGAUGACGUGGUCGUCUUCUACAACGACAAAGCCUCCUUUAAAGUCAUGCUGGAUCUGAUGGCCGAGAGCAGGGAGGGGGUCAGCGAGAACAGCCCACUCAGGUACCACAUCUCUCUGGUGGAGCUUCUGGCUGCCUGUGCGGAGGGCAAGAAUGUCUACACGGAGAUCAAAUGCACGUCGCUGCUGCCGCUGGAGGACGUGGUCAAAGUGGUGACUCACGUCGACUGCAUCACUGAGGUAAAAACAGCCUACGUGAACUUUGUGAACCACUGCUAUGUGGACACGGAGGUGGAGAUGAAGGAGAUCUACACGUCCAACCACAUCUGGAACCUGUUUGAGGACUUCACUGUGGACAUGGCUCGGGUCUGCAAUAAACGGGAGAGUCGGCUAGCGGAUCCGGUCCUGGAGAAGUACAUUGUGAAUGUGGUGCUGGACACCAUCAAUGCCUUCUUCAGCUCCCCCUUCUCUGAAAACAGCACCUCCCUGCAGACUCAUCACACCAUCGUGAUCAAGCUCCUGCAGUCGUGCAUCAGACUGCUGGACUGUCAGUGGCUGCAGCAGCAGCACAAAGUUCAGGUGGAUGCCUGCAUCAGGACGCUCUCCAUGACAGCUAAGAGUCGCUCCAUCGUUGUUCCCCCGGAGGUUGAAUCUCACAUAAAGCAGAUGUCCGCAUCCUCCUAUAAUACUUUGUCCCGGACAAACCCGCAAUACAAAUCGGUUUCCCGCUCCUCUAGACCCAUUCCUUCCAGCAACCCCUGGGACUACAAGAACAUCAUCGACAAGCUGCAGGAAGUCAUCAACACUUUGGAGGACCGCCUGAAGCCGUUGGUAAACGCUGAGUUGUCGGUGUUGGUCGAUGUCCUCCACCAGCCAGAACUGCUGUUCCCUGAAGGAACCGAUGUCCGGCGGCGUUGCGAGUCUGGAAGUUUUAUCUCAAAGUUGAUCCAGCACACCAAGGCGUUGAUGUCCACUGAAGAGAAGCUCUGCAUCAAAGUCCUGAAGACUUUGCAGGAGAUGCUGAUUAGAACUUUGGACUUUGACGAGAAGGGGCUGUCACUGCGGAAGGUUUUACUGCAGAACUACCUGUAUCAAAACCGAAAGACUGACCUGCCUGAACUAGGAGCUGCAGGAGGCGAGCAGGAGCGCGACUGGGCCACAGUGGUAGCAGUUCAGUGUCGUCUGGACCGAGAGGGAGGAACAAAGCUGUUCACGGAUCUGGUGAUGAGCACAAAGAAUGACAAGAUCUUCCAGGAGAGCAUCCAGCUGGCCAUUUGUCUGCUGGAGGGAGGAAACACUGAGAUACAGAACUCAUUCUACAAGCUGAUGAUGGGCGACAACAAGUCAGAGAAGUUCUUCAAAGUCCUUCAUGACAGAAUGAAGGAGGCUCAAACCGAUAUUAAAGCAACGGUUUCUGUGAACGUCGGGGAAAUGACACACAAGGCAGACCAGAAGGGGGGGAAUAAUGAAGAUCUUCUGCUGUUGAACCAGGGCGAGUCCAUCGCCCCCAUAGCGGGAGCUUCGGCCCAGCCGGCAGGGGAGCAGCGUGAGGGGGAGAUGGAGAUGGGCCCAGCCGUGACCAUCAUGAAGCCCAUCCUGAGGUUCCUGCAGCUUCUGUGUGAGAACCACAACCUCGACCUACAGAACUUCUUGCGCUCUCAGAACAAUAAAACCAACUACAACUUGGUCUGUGAGACUCUGCAGUUCCUGGACAUCAUGUGCGGCAGCACCACUGGAGGUCUGGGCCUGCUGGGUCUCUACAUCAAUGAAUUUAAUGUCCAUUUGAUAAUCCAGACCCUGGAGACACUCACAGAGUACUGCCAGGGGCCUUGCCAGGAGAACCAGACGUGUAUUGUGACUCACGAGUCCAACGGUAUCGAUAUCAUCACAGCUCUGAUCCUGAACGACAUCAGUCCUCUGUGUCACUAUCAGAUGGAGAUGGUUCUGCAGCUGAAGGACAACGCCUCCAAGCUCCUGCUGGCCCUGAUGGAAAGUCGUCACGACAAUGAAAAUGCAGAGAGGAUCUUGUUCAACCUGCGACCACAAGAGCUGGUAGAGGUGAUUAAGAAGGCCUACAAUCAAGACAUUGAGUGUGAGGAGAUGGAGGUUUCUCCUCUGGAGGUGGGCCACAACAUCUACAUCCUGGCUCAACAGCUGGCGAGACACAAUAAAGUCCUGCAGAACCUUCUUAAACCUCCAAAAAAGAAUGUAGAGGGAGAGGAGGGCAUCUCUUCAAUGCUGAACCUGAACAACAGGCCGCUGUCGCAGAUGUUGGUGUCCACAGCUCCUGCUGAGGUGGUAGAGCAGGACCCUCUGGAGUAUUACGAGCAGAAAACUGCACAGAUAGAAAUUGUUCGUGAGGACCGCAGCAUGGAACAGAUUGUAUUUCCUGUUCACCCCAUCUGUGAGUUCCUGACCAAGGAGUCCAGAUUGAGAGUUUUCAACACCACGGAGCAGGACGAGCAGGGAUCAAAAGUCACGCACUACUUUGAGCAGACCUCCUUCCUGCAUGGAGAGAUGGAGUGGCAGAAGAAACUAAGGAGUAUGCCGAUGCUGUACUGGUUCUCCAGGAGGAUGAGUCUGUGGGGGACGAUUUCCUUCAGGCUAGCAGUGUACAUUAACCUCAUCAUUGCCCUCUUCUACCCCUACAGUUCUGGACAAGGAGCGAUUGAUGAUUCCCUCCUCCUGAUGCUGUUCUGGAUCCUGACUGGUCUUUCAGUGAUGGGUGUGUUCUCUCAGCGGUACGGCCUGCAGCCUCUCACCGCCGCUCUCAUCCUCAGGUCCAUCUACCAUCUGGGUAUCGGCAACACACUCAUCCUUCUGGGGUCACUCAAUCUAAUCAAUAAGGUGGUGUUUGUGGUGAGUUUCGUGGGAAACAAUGGAACAUUCAUUAUGGGCUACAAGGCCAUGGUGAUGGACGUGGAGUUCCUCUACCAUCUGGCGUACGUUUUGACCUCCAUACUGGGGCUGUUCAUCCAUGAGCUCUUUUACAGCAUCUUGCUGUUCGACUUGAUCUAUCGGGAGGAGACUCUGUUUAACGUAAUCAAGAGCGUGACUCGUAACGGACGAUCCAUCCUCCUCACAGCCCUGCUCGCUCUUAUCCUUGUCUACCUCUUCUCCAUUGUGGGUUUCCUCUGUCUGAAAGAGGACUUCAUCAUGGAGGUGGACCCUCUGCUGCAGAUCUCUACUGGUUCUCAGCAGAGAGAAGCUCCUCAGGAUUACCUCAAUUCAUGCUCUGGAGAUGGAGUUGGCUGCACUGCAGAGGUCAAACCAAGUGUCACUGAGGUGGAAGAGGAAUCUAACUUGGAGCGUGCAUGUGACACACUCUUGAUGUGCAUUGUUACUGUACUGAACCACGGACUGAGGAACGGCGGUGGAGUUGGCGACGUUCUCCGCAAACCUUCCAAAGAUGAGCCGUUGUUUCCGGCUCGAGUGGUAUACGACCUGCUCUUCUACUUCAUCGUCAUCAUCAUCGUUCUCAACUUGAUCUUCGGCGUCAUCAUCGACACCUUUGCCGACUUAAGAAGCGAGAAACAGAAGAAGGAGGAGAUUCUGAAGACCACGUGUUUCAUCUGUGGUCUGGAGAGGGACAAGUUUGACAACAAGACAGUGUCCUUUGAAGAGCACAUUAACAUGGAGCACAACAUCUGGAACUACCUGUACUUCAUCGUCUUGCUGCGUGAGAAGAACAAGACAGACUACACAGGACCUGAGAGUUACGUGGCACACAUGAUGAAGAACAACAAUCUGGACUGGUUCCCACGGAUGCAGGCCAUGUCACUGGUGGUGACGGACAGCGAUGGCGAGCAGAAUGAAAUGAGGAUUUUACAGGACAAACUGGGAUCGACCAUGAAGGUGGUGACGACACUGACGGCCCAGCUGACCGAGCUGAAAGAGCAGAUGACUGAGCAGAGGAAGAGGAGGCAGAGGAUGGGCUUUGUUGACGUCCAAGCAGGAGCGAGUGCUGCCAUGCCGCCGAGCGCCGCAGGAGGAAGCCACCAGAUGUGAAAGACACACUGAAAUCUGCAGAACUGAAGAGCCCAUGGACUUCAUCUCCAUCCUCAUCAUCACGCGUUAAGCUGAACAAAUGUGCAGAACAUGGAAAUCUGCUUUGGGUUUAGUGUCUUCAGGUCUUUUAUGCAAACAUUUAUUUCACGGUGAACUCUACGUAAGGCCCUGCAAACGUACUCCACAGAAGUGACUGGUGGUUGAAAACCCUUACCUCAGGGGCUCAUUGCAUUUGUGGUUAAAGGAUUGUGGUUCUUUCUGUGUGGAGUUUACAUGUUCUCCUUGAGCAUGUGUGGGUUUUCUCUGGCUUCCUCCCUUUGUCCAAGACAUGCUUCAUUGAUCAGUUAAUGAUUCUAAAUUGUCCCUAAGUGUGAAUGUGAGUGUGUGUGGUUCUUUGUGUGACGGCCUCAGGUACUGUCCAGGGGUGACCCCACCUUCACCCUUUUCAUAGCUGGGUAAUAUUUAUAAAACCUAUCAAAUAGGGGAUCUACGGUAGUAAUGAAGUUUUACUUGAUGUGACUUCUGAAAACCGAACAUUACAUACAUAAAUGUAAACUUGAUUCACAGAUGCAGGAGCAGCUGCAUUAUCUCUGCAGCCACACGGCUGCUUCUAAAGACAGAAUGGUUUAAGAGCAGUUUUAUGUAUCUAAUGAAGUUCUUGCUUACACGCAUUUAGCUCGGGGUUGAUGGCAUGUUUUGGCUGAAGCUUCUGUUCACAUCUGACGGGGUUCAGGACGUUCUCCCGCAGUGACAGGACUCUCUAGUGGUGUAGGUGGGAUCAGUCACCUCACAGUCCACUAGGGAUCCAUUCCAACCGUCCACCAGGACAUUAGUGAAUGAGUCUUCUUGAGGGAUCCUGUGUCACACAGUCACAUGUACAUUUUGUGCAUUUUCCAAGCAUGAAAUGUUGGUCUUUCAUGAUCCAUGCGUGAUAUACGUAACCCAUAAGUGUUUCUUGCGUUCAUCGAUGUGCAGAUGUCCGUCGAGGGUUUAGCUCACCGGUCUUUAUGUGAAUUCAGUUUUGAGCGGUUCAGAAUUUUUGGUUGGUUGAGAAUUAUGCAGCUUACGCAUAUUUAACGUAGUUUCUACGCAAGUCUUGCGUAAAUCUUACACUGUUUUGAGUAACUUUUGUCUUUCUUUGACCGUUCCACGUUUGUCUAACGGACUUUUUACGCAUGAACCACCGAUGGAUAACUUUUAACCCUUGUGCUAUCCUAGGGGUCCAGAUGACCCCACCCUUACAUUGAC